AUGAGCAACAUCAAUCAAUCAAAUGGCUCGAGCCCAGUUCCUCUAGACACCACAGCAGUUGCUCGCGGAAGCUCAGGCCAACCGCCAAACAAAGUUCAUCGGUUUCUGAGCAAGGUCAAGGAUGGUGUAACGAAGAAGAUUCAUCGCUCGAAGAAUUUGUGCAGCUGCGACCCCGUUCAGGAUACUUCUGCUGUUGUGCAACAAGUCCCCGAUCCCAAAUCUGUGAACAAGGCACUUCAGGAUGCCGGUCAUGGUGCAGAUCAGAUGAAAUCACUUUGGGGACAUGUGAGACCCGUAUUGUCUGCAGGCGAAAAUGGACCAGCGGCACUCGAUGAUGUAGACAGUAUAGAGACCACUUAUCUUCAGCCCCUCAGGACAUUUGACACUGUGAUCGGGACGAUAGCAGAGGUGCAUCCAUAUGCAAAGAUGGCAUUGGGUGUGCUUUCUUGCGCAUCAAAAAUAAUUCUUGCUCAAGCGGAUCGUGACGAUGCGGUACUUGACCUCUACAAGAAGUUGGGUCAACUGUAUGGCUUCAUAACGCAAGACGACACACUUCUCAAGAUUUUGUCGAUGAGGGAAAUCUUGGGACAGAUCUCUCAACAGACCCUAGAAUGCGCCAAUUUCAUCAGGGAUUAUUCAGAGAAGAAAAGCUUUUGGGAGAGACUCGGAAAGAACAUCAUCUCGGAAACAAAUGAUACGAUACAACAGUAUAACGAUGUGUUGGAUGUGCUCAUGCAAAACUUCUGCGACCAAGUCACUCGCGACGUAGCCACCUAUAUUCACAAUACAAGCGAAAUACUGGAAUUCAGUGGGACACGCAAGGAAAUUCUCUCCGACAUCAUGGAAUGGAUCAACGACAGCAGGGAAGAUGUUGAACGUGUGCUAUGGCUAUCCGGCCCUGCCGGAAUGGGUAAAUCAGCCAUUGCUCACACGAUUGCCAACUCGUUCAUCAGAGUGGGCGGACUUGGUUCUUGUUACUGCUUUGACCAAAACGAAAAAGAUCGCCAUAAAAAGGUCUUCACCACUAUCGCGCGCAACCUGGCUGACCCGGAUGCAGUCAAGAACCAGACUGCGCUCAAGACUACAUCGGAUGUCGUGCAGCAGUGGCAGAAGCUUCUUAUAGAACCGUUAGGGAAGCUUUCUGAGUCACCCGUGGGGCCUGUCGUGAUCGUUAUCGACGCACUGGACGAAAGUGGUGAGGUGGAAACACGCAGCAACCUUCUUUGCAUUCUUUCCAGUAAACUUCGAGACCCAACCAUCACCCAUAUCAUGAAACUGCCAAAGAACUUCCAGAUCAUAGUCACCUCCCGCCUGCUUCGCGACAUUCAGAAUUCGUUUGCAGGUGCUCAGUGUUAUGCUGACCGUCGGUCGGCGUGUGUGAACUAG